CUGAGGAGGGCUCCAGAUAUGGGAUGACGUAGUGACCGUAGUGGGAGAGGCAGCGGUUCCUUCGACCAGACCACAUCAUCGACAGUCGUCACGACACAGAAAGCAGCUCGAAGACCCUAAAAUACUCGAUAUUACAAACUCACAUGGAUGCAUAUGAACGUGUAUAUCGGCUAACUUUGGUAAAUUAGACUCGCCUGACCAUUGCCUAAAGGCUACACACAAUCAUAGCCUAUGAAUUCGGGAACUAUCGCUGCGUGGAAGUGUAACAUUUUAUGGAGGCUUGGAGACGUAGGGGAGCGAGGAGCAGAAGGGGGUAAACUGAAGAUCGACACACCAAACUGGGAACAUUGGACAUAUUCUGCUGGCUACGAGUGACCCACACGCACGGGACGGGGUGGAAACAUGGCCGCGAAUGUCAAUUUAACAUCUGGGAUGGGAGAAAUUAUUCAACUGAACGUCGGUGGGACAAGGUUCAGCACCUCUAGACAGACUCUCAUGUGGAUCCCAGACUCUUUCUUCUCAAGUUUGCUGAGUGGGAGAAUAUCAACUCUACGUGAUGAAACUGGAGCUAUAUUUAUUGACAGGGACCCGACAGCCUUUGCGCCCAUUUUGAAUUUUCUUCGAACCAAAGAGUUAGACUUACGGGGGGUAAACAUUAACAUUCUCCGCCAUGAAGCUGAGUUUUAUGGGAUAACGCCAUUAGUGAGGAGGUUGCUGCUGUGUGAGGAAAUAGAACGUUCGUCCUGUGGCAGUGUUCUGUUCCAUGGAUACCUUCCCCCUCCAGCUCUCCCAGCCCGUAAGUUCAGCUCUACCCCUGCAGCCUCGGGCCCUGCCCCUGAGGAUCGGCCUGGUCCUACCGGAGCAGAGGGGGGGUUCCCCCAUACCUGUCCCCCCCACCCCUCACUCCCCGGACCCCCUGGAGCCGAGGGACCACACAGACUGGGUGCUGUGGUGGACCCUAGGAAGGUGCUUAUUGUAGCUGGACAUCAUAACUGGAUCGUAGUGGCUUAUGCACACUUUGUCAUCUGCUACAGGAUAAAAGAGUCGUCGGGGUGGCAGCAGGUGUUUUCUAGCCCCUAUCUGGACUGGUCCAUCGAGAGAAUCGCCCUUAACGCCAAGGUGGUGGGUGGUCCCCAUGGUGAUAAGGACAAGAUGGUGGCAGCUGCCUCCAAUAGCAACAUCAUCCUCUGGAGCAUCCAAGACGGAGGGAGUGGCAACGAGAUAGGUGUGUUUAGUCUGGGUGUACCCGUAGAUCAUCUGUUCUUCAUCGGGAACCAGCUGGUGGCCACCAGUCACACUGGGAAGGUGGGAGUCUGGAACGCUGUCACACAGCACUGGCAGGUGCAGGAUGUAGUUCCCAUCACCAGCUGUGACACGGCCGGCUCCUUUCUGCUCCUGGGCUGCAACAACGGCUCCAUCUACUACAUAGACAUGCAGAAGUUUCCUCUGAGGAUGAAGGAUAAUGAUCUGUUGGUGACAGAGCUGUACCACGACCCGUCUAAUGACGCCAUCACUGCCCUCAGUGUCUACCUCACGCCCAAGACCAGUGUGAGUGGUAACUGGAUAGAGAUAGCGUAUGGAACCAGUUCUGGAGCAGUCCGGGUCAUAGUUCAACACCCUGAGACAGUAGGCUCUGGACCUCAGCUCUUUCAAACCUUUACUGUCCACCGCUCCCCUGUCACUAAGAUCAUGCUCUCAGAGAAACACCUGGUCUCAGUGUGUGCGGACAACAACCACGUGCGGACGUGGACGGUGACACGGUUCCGAGGCAUGAUCUCCACGCAGCCUGGCUCCACCCCCCUUGCCUCCUUUAAGAUCCUCUCAUUGGAGGAGACGGAGAGCCACGGCAGCUACUCAUCAGGCAACGACAUCGGUCCGUUUGGGGAGAGAGACGACCAGCAGGUGUUCAUUCAGAAGGUCAUCCCCGUCACCAACAAGCUGUUUGUUCGCCUCUCCUCCACCGGGAAAAGGAUCUGUGAGGUGGCGGCAGUGGAUGGGACCACAAUCUCGUGUUUCACGGUGAGGGAGUGCGAGGGUUCUAGCAGGAUGGGUUCUAGACCAAGGAGGUACCUCUUUACUGGCCAUGGCAACGGCAGCAUUCAGAUGUGGGACCUCACCACCGCUAUGGACACCGCCAACAAGGGAGAGGAGAAGAAGACUGACGAGGUGGGCGGACCAACAGAGGAGGAGCUGCUGCAGCUAUUGGACCAGUGUGACCUCAGCACCUCCCGCUGUGCCACGCCCAACAUCAGCCCCGCCCCUUCGGUGCUGCAGCACAGCCGCCUCCGAGAGUCCUGCUCCAGCCUCCAGCUGCAGGCCCAGGAGCCCAUCCCAGAGACGGCCACCUACGGAGCCCUGCGACCCUACAGAGAGAGCCCCCUGCUGGCCCACGCCCGCCGCACAGAGUCCUUCCACAGCUAUAGAGACUUCCAGAACUUCUCCCUGGGGACAGGUCUGCUGGAGAGCCCCGGACAGGCUCCAGGACAGGGGGCAGGCCAAGGUACAGAGGCCCGAACCCGGUCACUGUGCGAGGCUGGGGGAGAGGAGGGCGAGCGGAGGGGCUCGGCCAUGGAGCUCUGGGCUAGCCGAAGCGCUAACGCCGAUGUCGUUGCGAAUGCUUCCGUGGUCACAGGUGGCGCCACUGCCGAAGAGGGCGUUUUCAUAUCGCCACGGCAACCCCCCGACAGUCCUGGAGGAGACGCUUGGCGAAGGGUCCAAUUGGAAGAGGAGGGGGCGGGGUUAGGAUCAGUGGCGGAGGCUAGGUCUGAGGUGAGAAGGAAGGGAGGGUUUGAGGGGGCAGUAUUUCUGGGCAGAAAGAGAGCACCUCCAGUCCCCCAGCUCACCUCGCUCCCCUCGGUGGGGUCUGAGGGGGGAGGCAGUGACUCCUCCUCCACUGCCUCCCCCUCCCCCACCCAGCUGGCUUCCAUUUCCCCCCGGCACAGGAAGUGCAGUGAGCCGGCCAAUCAGGACAGCAGCCUGUGAGUUACGGACAGCUCUGACGCAGACGCCCCUGGUGUCAGUCAGUCAACAGCUCUACGGAGAAGUUACUCCCCUAUCCACUGAUCUAGGACCAGCCUACCCUCCCCAAAUUCUAACCUUAACCAUUAGGAGUAAAACACACUAAACUGACCUUAGAUCAAUGUUUGGGACAACUUCAUCUCACAGGCAAUAUUCUAGACUGCCACAGUAUGACAUCUCAAAAGAAGCCCGUUAUUCUCAGUCAACAGAAGAAACUUGACACCUGCUGGAGGUCGCUAACUAGCCUAAGGGUGAUCUUCUAGUUCCGAGCAUGACUUGAACCCUUCGGAUCUCUCCAUCAUGGCUGUAAUCUGGUAGCUUCACAAGUGGUUCUCAAAUGUUUGUUCCAAUAGUCCACUCAUGAUAUAAGUAGGACUUUGUGUUAGAGGCAUAUACUGUAGUUUAUCGACUAUUAACACAAAGUGCUAGAUAUGUUUAUUUCCUCCUUGUGGUUGUCGUCACUUUCACACACACUUAUAGUUGUGGGUUCACAGGAUGUGAACCUCCACACAACACAUAGUCAUGCUGUUCAACUAGCCAGUAGCCGUGCGUGUCGUGUUUUAGACCUGCCUGAAUUCUACGCUACACAGUAAGUCGCCUUAUUUCUCUUUUCUUCUCCGUCGAAACAGACCCGACAUCUCAUGCUGAAGGUCAAAGUGACUUUGCAUGGCAUUCUAUGUUAUUCUAAAUGGAAGGAAUCAUGCUUAGUGCCUUUUGUUAACAUUAGCCAUAGUCUAAAUAUCCACCUGUCCUUUCAGUGAUGUAGAGAGGAAGUAGACCAGAUGUUGAAUGGAGGAUAUCGGUCUAUAGUCUAUGCAGUGUGUUGUUCUCACUGUCCAGUGACGUCACAGGUUGGAUAGCUGCUAUUAUCGUCACUCCUGUCACCCAACAGUAGCUUUCAGAUGGAGGGAGAGAAGAGAGCGAGUUGUCAGUGGGGCCCAUCCUCCCGCCACCCUAUCACUAGACUAGACCUGGGUCAAAUACGUACAACUUGAGGUGCACUUGAUUUAGCUUGUCCACUACAAUGGAACCAAUAGAAUAGUCCCACCAAACUAAAUCAAGCGCACCCAUUGUUUCUGAAAGUACAGUAUUUGACCCAGGUCUGUCUUAUACCGAGCUGUUUAGUAAGAGAUGGAAUGAGACCAAGCUGAGGGUUCAACAUGUACAAAGAUGUAAAUCUCAAUAAUAUGCAAUCUGAUUAUAUAUGGAGAAUAUACCUACAUAGUCAAUAUAAUAUGUAACCAUGCUGAUGCAUUUAAAUGUGUGUAUAACUCUGUCUACAUAUUUGCUGUUGUUUGUGACAUCUGUCUUCUCAUAUAAGCUAUUCAUAUUAAUAGUAUUUUAUCGUACCUAAAUUGCAUUUGCACUCGCACUACGACGACUAAGUGAUGAAGUAACAUUUUAUUUUGGUUGAGAACGUUCAGCCCGUUGAGUAAUAAUGCCUAUCCCUCUCUAUAUCUCUGCGUGUCUAAGGCCUGGAUUCAUUCUGAUCCGUGUUAGAUCCGCCUGAUUGAGCCGACACAAUAUGCAGCAUUUACCGUGAAUGCGGUCUCUGCGAACGCGGAAACAUUGCCUUUAAAAGGUGCAUAGCCGGCCCGAAAAGGGUCGAUCGGAUUAAAUCUAGGCCCAAGCUAUACCUCUUCUCUGGCUGUGUUUACACUUUCACCUCAGACGGAUACUAAAAAGGAAUAGAUCUAUUGAUGUCGCUCGUUAUAACAUUUUGGAUAACAUGUAUGUCCCAACGCAUUAUUAUGUCGCUAUGUAUUAGUGCUUGCUAGUCUACAUGGUAUAGUACUAGCCUAUUACUCACCUGUUUGCACUGAAUUGCCGUUGUCUUUGAGCUGGCUAGACGUGUAGGAUGGCGUCUUGGGGCUCUAUUCAAUGUGUAAAGCUAAAGUGUUGCGGAUAGAAAUAUAAAAGGUCAUUCCCAUUUGAGCCGACAUGUGCAGCGUUUACAGUGAAUGCAGUCUCCGCUAACGCGGGAACAUUGCCUUUAAAUUUCAAUCGCGCUGUAAAACUGAACUUCCACGAUACGGAUUGAAUAGAGCCCUAUAGACUGACACAGGACCUGUUUUUAUAACUCUUUAGUUCAGCUUGGGUUUAUCUGACAAGCAGUAGUGACACAAACCUGGUAGCCUUGUAUUGUAACGUUGGGAGUAAUAGGGUUGUGGGGCAUGCAGGCGUUUGCUCCAUCCCAGCACUCCUCCUAAGUCUUCGGCUGUAGCCUCUAUCAUGGGAUCAACGUGUCUUAUGUCUCUCUCUGUGGGUGACAGUUUGAGGAGGGAGCACCAGGUUAGUGUGGAUACUCUUGUCAAAGUGUGUGUGUGUGUGUGUGUCCCAGACCAGCGUGACACACUCCGAAGCAGCGCUGGGCUCUCAGCAGUGUAACCUUCCCUUUAGAAAAGUUAGCAACUUUGUUAGCUGAAAAUGGUGUUUGAUAGCUGUGUGAUUUAUGAGCGUAAUAAAGUGGUGUUGCUGCUUCUGAAUGUGUGAGCUGCCAAGGGCCACACUGUCUGCUACAAUCACUCUGUUUUUACUUUAGAAAGCUUUUCUUUUUUUUUUUUUUUACUUUGACAAUAGCUGUGAAUGUGGCUGUGAACAUGCAGCUAACUAUGCCCUUGUCAAAAUGGCGUCCUUGAGUUGGGACACAGUCGUAACUGGCAGUUUGGUGUGUCCCUUUUUUAAAAGACAAAAAACAAAACUGACCGCUACACGGCUACAAUACCGUCCCCAUAGGUUUGUGUGUGAAAGCCUUCCCUGUUAUAGCAGCAAAGGGGGGACCAACUCCAUAUUAAUGCCCAUUAUUUUAUUUUUUUUGGGGGGGGG